CCUCUUUCAUUCCAUAAUAUUAGAUACAUUGAAGUUCUCGAAAACAGAUUGAAAAGGGUCGAAAAAAUUUUAAACACUUUUACGGAAGAGCAGCCAGAAAGUAGUAGUAAUAGUAGUAGUAGUAGUAGUAGUAAUCUAAAACCCCUCGCACAACAUCAUCACACUGGAGCUGAAGAAGGCACUGAAUUCAGUAUAAACAAUAGGAAUGAUACGGAACCGUCAUUGAAUAAAUUGAAACGCAAACGUAACUUUGAAAAAAAUAUGACUCAAAUCAACAGGAGCAGCAGUAAUUGUGAUUUCUCUAGAGCAGCGACAAGUCAAAAUGACAGUCAACAGCACCAACAGGACGGAAUUAUGUCAUCCACAAUAAUCGGCGACAAGGCCGAAAGUGAGGAAGACGGCAAAACUAAAAUAGUCGAAUCCCACAGCAGUACCGCCGAAAAAUCAUUGGCGAUUGAACUGUCCUCCAUCAGCGCUAACAUGCGCACACGUUACAUUGGCGAUAUGAGCCCAUUACCAUUUUUGGCUCAAAAAAUCAACCUUGCUGAUGCUCGCCUUUGCACCAAAAUCGGUAUACGUAUUAAGCGAUUUGGACAGAGUCUUGUUUUAUAUGAGAAAGACGAUGGAAAAAACGCCAAUCAAAAGUUAUUAGAACGUCUGGGAAUGUUGAAACCAGGAGAAACGAUCAAAGGGUUAAAUGAUUGGAUAUAUAAGGUUGCUGGCGUCGAUAAAACUACCAGUGAUACUUUAAUGAAGAUCUAUUUCGCGUAUAUUCAUCCGGGGUUACCUGUUGUGAACAAGCAACUGUUCUUACAACAAUACCGCGGUGAAAUUGGUGAAUACCCUUCAGCACCGUUACUGAAUGCCAUCUACGGUGCAGCUGUCAGAUAUAUAGAAACUUGCAAAUUGUUUGGUGAAAAGGUACCCCUGGAACAUAAACUCGAAACGAAAGAAGGGUGGUCAGAAAAACUGUUUGAUAAUAUGAUACACUACAUCAAGGAUAAGUAUAGUCCUUGCAUUUCGACGGUUCAAGCUUUAGUUAUCAGUCAAAAUCAUCGAGCGAGUCUGGACGAGAAAAUGGCCAGCGGUUGGUUGCUAAAUUCAGCGGCCAUUCGAAUGGCGCAGGACUUGGGUCUGCACCGCUCCAGUGAAAAAUGGGAUAUACCCACAUCUGAAAAAGAAACGCGAAGAAGAGUGUGGUGGUCCGUAUAUAUCCUAGACAAAUGGUCGUCUGCUGCUACCGGUAGGCCACAAACUAUUUUUGAUGAAGAUUGCGAUGAGCUUUAUCCAAGUGAAAGCGCUUCCUGGGAAGAAGUGAUGGAUGCUCCCUCUUCCUCUUCCUCUUCUACAAAUAGGGAUGGGGAUGACGAUGACGGUCCAAGAUAUCCAUCUCUCAGUAAACAUGUCGCAUCAAAGGCAAAAAAGGAUUCCAUUCCCAUAUACCAACCAUUUGUACAAACUGCUAAAUUGUCGGAAAUCUUGGGUCGAAUUUUACAAGGAUUAUAUACACCUUUAGCAAAACGACAUAGUGAGAAAUUCGGCAGUGAUGCAAUUGUUACUUAUUUGGAUAAUGCACUCUCUGAAUGGAGAUCCAAACUACCACCCUCGUUGCAAAUAUCAGCCAUGAAUGUGCGUCGAUUAAGUAGUCAUAACAAACUGCCACUUCAAUCGAUGUCAGGUUUAAUCUAUUUGGCCUAUUGUACAUUACUUAUCUUACUCCACAGACCAUUCAUUGAAAAAGAUGGCGGACAGAAAACACGCUCGUCACAUUCUUCCCUCAGUAUCUGUACCAGUGCUGCUACUCGAUGUGUAGAUAUAGCAGAAAAAAUGCACUACCGUGAUUUUUUGUUAGUUUCAUGGAAUUUUGCCAUGUAUCCUGUUUUUACAGCUUCCUUAAUUCAUAUUUACAACGCCACAAAUUCAGAUACUAUUGUGUCAGACGUAGCCAAAUCGAAUGUUAUCAGAGCGGCUGCAGUUAUUAAACGGCUGUCCAAGUUGACAACUUCAGCUGGGAAACUGUAUAGUGUUUUGGCACAACUAACAAAGAUACAAGCAAUCAGUAUUCCCGAAUUGGAACCUUUGGAUGACACAGACGACACGUCUGAAAAAGAAGAUGCUGAGGUCAAUGGUGGUGGCUGUUCAGAGCAUCCUGUCUAUAAAGAUUCAUCGCUUCAUGUAAGGGUAGGGGGAGGAAAAAUAUCAGACGUAGGUCGUGGAUCGCGUCACCAGCGGCAGCAUUCUCAUAUGAGUCAGACCCAUCUACAGCAACAGCAGAGAGAUGAAGCCUCGACAAAAGAGCUACUUUCACCUUCAGGAACUAUCUUGUCCGAUACUGAAAUGAACGCAAGUGCUCACUCCACACCUACAUCUUCUUCGGGGUAUGUUGACUGGCUCAAUGGUUUGUAUUCCUCUUUGCAGACUGACAAUAUGAUAAACAUGAGUUCCAGUGAUGCCCCUCAACAACCUGAAAUGUCACCAUCCCUUCAGCAACAACAGCAACAGCAAGCUUUCUCGAACGAACUGAGUAUGCCCAAUGCACAUCCCUUAGAAUCUGAUCCUUAUUCCUUAAGACAGUUUGGUUUAGGUAUGGGCCAAAUUUUGGCACCACUGAAUCAGCAGACUGAUUUCAACAAUAACCUCAACUUUCCACAACACUAUGAAACAUCAACAGCCCCCACAUCUAAUACCACUACCAAUACCGAUAAAACUUACAAUAAUACAUCAUCAUUCAUUCCACCUGUCAAUUUGGCUGAGAGUUUAUUGUUUACGUCUUCAGAUCUAACAUUCAAUAAUGUCAUGCAACCCUUCAAAUCAAGUUGUAAUUCAUCGUUUAACGCCUCAACCACCCAUCCUGCUUUUGGGUCUUCCACUUCAUUACCAUCUGAUCAACAACAGCAACAACAGCAACAACAACAACAACAACAACAACAACAAGCGAUGAUGGAACAGACUCUCUUUAGAAAUAGACCAGACAAUCCAUUCUGGUCCAUCCCAAGUAGUAUUGAACUCAACGACUGGACAGCUUAUCUAUUACCGCAGCAAGCAAACACGAGUUCUACUGCACCUGCGAACAGUAUCCCUGUAAAUCAGUCUUACCAGCAAAAUCAACACUCAUCAAACAUACAAUAAGUUUUCAGCGCUGCUCCUUCUUGUUUUACUACAUUUAAUAACAUACCUUUCAUGUUUAUCUUGUCGUACAGUAUAUCCAUAACCCAUGUGUAUAAAUCGAAUAUGAAUGAAGCAUUUCUUUUUUUUUUU